AUCGAAUCAUCUUUUUUUCCACUUUUUUUCCAUUAUUUCAUUUCUUGUUCUUGCCCGUAUAUUUUAUUUCAUUUCCAUUUACUGUAAACAAAAAAACCUACCAAGGGCUUCAUAUGAAAUUGGGUCUGAGCUAAUUUAUAUACAUUUAUGAACUUUAAUUUCAAAUCCACAGACGUUGUGUUUAGCCGCCCGCGCAAGGCCGAGCCCCGCUCCAGGGCGGGCCCCAUGGACAUUGACUUUGACGAUCGCGACAGCGCCUGGCUGACCUCGCCGACAACUGCCAAAACUAACACACCGGCGGCUGAUCCGUCAGACGGCUCCUCAACACGGAAAAGGCGCCUCAUCACGCAUCCGACCUUUUCAGAUAGCAAUAGCAGCCAAACAGACGGGCCCGUUAUUGGCACUGGCAGCAUGGCGCUGGGAAACACGCCGUUCACAUUUAGCAUGCCGCCUCCGCCAUCGCUAGCCAACGACGCAUUGGCCAUGUCCCAGCCUCAAGCCACCGAGCCUAUGGUUGUCGACUCAGAGCAGCGGCCGAUAUCGCCCAACGCCGUGCGCAGAAUCUACUCGCGCCGCCGACACAACAACAGCCUAAGAUCUAGCAUCACCGCGCUGCUGGGGCUUGGCCAGGGCACUCGGCACACCAGCAAUGUUCGCGGCCAGCGCGGGCCAGCGGCAGACGACGGCUCGUGGACUACAGACGAGGAACCAGUGGCGGCAGCGGCCAGCGACCACUCGACUGCGCAGCGGACACCGGAGCAUCGGGAUGGUGUGUCGGGCAGGCAGCAACGGCGGGCGCAGGUGUCGCGGAGAGAAAGCAAUGGGGCAGCCACGCGCGGCGUCGACCGCGUUCUGGCACUAAUGGGCACACGCGUUGACGAGCCAACGAUGGUGGAGCGGCUGCAGAUGCACCGUGACAUUCCAUACGUUAUCUCCGGGUACCUGCAGCUGGGCUUCAAUGUCUUCAUGGUCGGUACCGUGCUCACCAUCAUCAUCAACGUGCUCAUGACCAUCCAGCGAGACGUCAACGCCAAGGUACAAGAGUAUUCGGCCGUUGUCAUGCAGGAGAUUGUUGCCUGCUCGAAGCAGUACUUGGAAAACAAGUGUGCGCCCGAAAUGCGCGUCCCUGCCAUGGAGAAAGCGUGCAAUAUGUGGGACACAUGCAUGAACCAGGACCCGUCAAAGGUUGGCAGGGCCAAAGUGUCUGCAGAGACACUGGCCGGUAUUGUCAAUGGGUUCAUCGAGCCUCUGUCUCUGAAGACUAUGAUGUUCUUUCUGCUAAUGUUUUUUGGCACUCUGUUUGUCUCCAACUUUGCCUUUGGAGCCUAUCGCCACAGCCGCGUGCACCAGCAGUACGUCAACCAGAGCUCUGUCAGCGAGUCUCCAACAACUGGUGGCGGUGGUCGUCGGAAUCAGAAUCGGAAUCGGAAUCGGAAUCGGAACCGCAGCCGCAGUCGCAGUCGCAGCCGAAGCCAGAGCCAAAGCCGUAGUGGCAACAGUGGUAGCCGGGCUGACCCUAUGUCAUCCGCAACGCAUACGCCACAACAUCGAUAUGACCAGCCAGCACAAUCUUCGGCGGUGUCUUCGUCCAACAUGCUGGUCCUGAGUAACAGCGUUCGGCGCAGACCCCCAGCGCAACAAAUGUUUAGGUGAAAGGAUAAUAAUAGGUGAUUUUCGCUGCUGAUCAAAUUUACAAAUUUGUACAUUUUUUCCCAUUUUAAUUUGUCAACGACAAUUCCCCCCGCAUUUGUAAUCAGACGGCAAUGAGCAAAUAAAAGGUGACGACUAAAAGGAGGAUGAGGGCGCGCAAGGCAAAGCGUAUAAAUUUCAAAUAUAGCGUGUUUUUUUGCUACAACUUUGUUGUUGGCAGUAUCAAUUGGUAGUCGCGUGGACAAAAUGAAUAUCAACCACAGUUCCAUGGUCCAGCUUUAUUUUUCGAACAUUGCUUUCUCCGU